AUGCUUGAGUCACCCGCAACCGUAGCUUCUGCAACUCAAAGGUUGGUCCCUAGAAGGCAAACAAUUGAAGAUGCUUAUUCACCACCAGCAAAUUUCUUAGAGAUUGAUGUGUGCAACCCUCUCACUCACGAGGAUGGUAAAGACCGCUUCACAGACUAUGAAGUUAGUCUUAGAACAAAUUUACCUAUAUUUGCACACAAAGAGUCUUCGGUUCGUCGGAGGUAUAGUGAUUUCAAAUGGCUUCGUGACGAACUAGACCGUGAAAGCAAGAUUGUUGUUCCUCGAUUACCAAGUAAAGCAUGGAAACGCCAGUUACCUUUUCGGGCAGACAAAGGUAUAUUUGAUGAAGAUUUCAUCGAGGAGCGACGAAAAGGACUAGAAAACUUUAUUAACAAGGUUGCUGGACAUCCAUUAGCUCAAAAUGAAAAAUGUUUACAUAUGUUUCUUCAAGAAAAAGUCAUUGAUCGUAACUGUAGACUUGGAAAAUUACGUAAUAUCUGAAGUAAUAAAUUUAUAAAAUCAAUUAAUUAUUACGUAAUAUGAUUGUCGCUGUUGAUUAUAUCAGAUAGAUUGGAGAUAUUGUCAAAUAACCUGGUGGUGCUUAUAUUCUCUUUCACUUUCACUUCUCACGUUAUCACUAGCUCUUCUUUUUUUCUGCUAUUAUCAUUGGCUUUGUCAUUACUUGUAUAUUUUCUUAUAAUAAUAUAUCUUCUUUUAGAGUCAUAUUCAUGUGCUUGUUCAACUUUUUCAAAAUUAUAUUCCCCCAAACAUUUCCUUCUUGUUCUCAUGGACAAACUACAUCACAUUCAUAAAACGCUUAUAUAUUGUUACUAAUAGAGGAUUAAUCAUUCGAUUAGUUCUCUAUUUUAUCAACGAGUAUCACUAACAGUUUGCAUAUACAUGUAUGUAUGUAUGUAUGUAUGUAUGUAUGUAUGUGUAUUCAUUUGCUUGUCUCUAGGAUCAUUAGUCAAUGUACUAAUCAUUGUUUACGUAUUGAUAUAUUGUGAUUCGUUGACUACUUUACUAAUAAAUAUGAUGAUGAACAAUUGCUUUUCAAUAUAUAUGGACGUUUAUCAUUACUUUGUUCUAAUCUGAUUUGCUUUAUUUGAUUUAGUUUCAUGAUCUUUAACUUAUCGUCUCUUUUAUGCAUCUAAUUCAUUUCAUCGGAUCACACUAUUCAUACAUGUAUGAAUGCACUUAUACACACAUAUGUGUGUGUAAAAUGUUAUUGUCAUAGUGUUAUAAUAAUUAUUAAUGAAGCGGAAAUUUUAUUGUUGUGAU